AUGGAGGGCCUGUUGCAGUCUGACGCGCAGCUGGCGUUUUCCAGGCAGGCGGUACGCCGCUACGAGGCAGCCGCACCCGAGGUCGACGACGAUCGCAAGAGCGGGCACAAGCGGCACAUCAUCUCGGUGGACGACCACCUGAAGAUCAACUACGAGGUGGUCAAGAACGUGCCCGGGAACCUCGUGGACGUCGCGAGUGCGAAGGGCAAGAAGGCGGUGAAAGCGGACGAGAUUGCGCGCAUCAAUAAGUUCAAGGCGCUGUACUUCAAGGAGCAGCUCCACCGACUGCACGACGAGUUUGUGACCAAGAGCGCGGCGCUGCGCGAGGACGGCGCGCUGCCGGCGCCGCCGGCGCCGCCGUCGCAGCAGCAGCAGUACGAAUGGCUCUGUGAGAUCCAGGCCGGCCUGCUGCAGCAGUACCGCGACGCAGUGCAGGAGGAGAAGCGCUGGUACCUGAAGAAGGAGCUGCUGCUGGACGCCAACAUCCGGCUGGACCUGUUCACGUCACGUGACUCCGUAUCCGGCACGCUCAAAGUCGGCAAGGACAACACGCACAAGUCGUGCAUCUUCUGA